AUGAAAACAACGAAGAAGAAAAAGAAGAAGAAUAAGGGAAAGGAAAUCCGGAAAAUGGAAGUUUCCGAGAAAGUAGCAGCAAAGGAAAAAAAUGCAAUUCCAUCAACAAGUUCCAAUGCAAAUAACAACAUGCAAGUUUCGCUCAACAUCGAUUAUAGCUCUUUGCAAACAUUGCGAUAUGGAAUCAGUGAAAAAUUCAGUUCAGAAAGACAUCUAUUUUUAAAGAAAGAUCCUACAAAUCAAUGUUCGUUAAUUAUCGCCAAUAUACCUCCAUAUAUCACACCGGUUACAUUGGGACGAAUUUUGGCUGAACUUGGUUCUGGUAGACCGGACGAAAUAACCGCACAGCGUGGAACAGCGGAUAAUAUUACGGAAGGCUUUUACACGGCAUCCGCUCGCUUGAAAACGGAAAGUGCUGUUGAACAAGCAUUAGAGAAUUGUGAAAAGAUUCCGUUUCUUUGUUUGAGUAACGUCGAUGUCGAAUUGGUACGAAAUGGAGCAGCAAAAUCAUGUGAUGAAUAUCGCAAAUCCUUCAAGACGAUAGCACAAUUACAGGAAAGCGUGGACUCGUACAUCAAAAAGCAUGAUGCUAAAAUCCUGGAAGAAAAACAAAAGGCAAAGAGAAUGGCGAACGUUAUGGACGAGGAUGGAUGGAUAACUGUUACGAAAUCACAUUAUAAGCCUGUACCUCGCGCUAUUGUUGUGAAAAACAAAGAGGAUUUGCUAAAAUUGUCAAAGAAGAAAAAACGCGUGGAAGACAACAUUGCUUUCUAUUCUUUCCAGUUGAAACAGUCAAAACUGAAACAUCUAGAAGAGCUGAGACGGAAAUUUGCCGAGGAUAAGAAAAAGCUGGCAAUUGCAAAAGCGGCAAGAAAAUUCCGUCCAACAUGA